CGAAAAGCCAUAGCCAUAGCCUGCCACGCAGCCGAGACUCCCGACGGCGGAGCGGAGCCCGUGAGCAUCUGCGUGAUUGACUUCUUGACCGGCCAGACGCUGAUUGAUUCGUUCAUCGCUCCGCCGUGCGAGAUAUCGGAUUGGAAGACGGACGUCCAUGGGGUUUCUGCGAGGACGAUUGAGAAUGCCGUCAAGGGGAACAACUGUCUGCAGGGAUGGCGAGAGGCGAGGACGAGGUUGUGCGAGUACGUCGGUGCGCGGACGAUUUUUGUAGGAUGUGCGAUUUGGAGGGACUUGGCGCUGUUGAGGGUGUUUCACAGGGGGGUUGUUGAUGCGAAGAUUUUGGCUAUGGAGGCUUUGUUUACGGAGGCUGAGAGGGCGAAUGGGGAUGGAUUGGAGGCGAAGAAGUGGGAGGUUGAUGGGCUUUGCAUGGGGCUUCUUGGGAUGGAGAUGAGAGCGGGUGGUGGUGCGAUGAAGGGGAAGAGGGUGCGUGAUCCUUAUGAGGAUGUGCUGGUGGCGAGGGAGAUUGUGUUGCGGUUUCUGCAGAGGCCGGGGUUUGUGAGGAGCUGGGUGAAGAGGGAGAGG